UUUUUUUUUUUUGGUCUUUCAUGGCAUUUGUUAUGAUAGGUCUUUUGUUAUGAUCUCAAAGAUUUUGGCAUCAUCAUACCACUAGCAUUAUACAGAGUGCCCUUCUAUUAAUGGCAAGGAAAGGGCAAAAUCUUUUCCUGCUCAGCUUUUCAUGCUUCAUUUUAUUAAUGGGGUCUUCAUAUUCAGUAACAGAUACAUUACUUCAGGGCCAAUAUCUCAAAAAUGGGGACUACUUAAUGUCAGCUUCUGGAAUCUUCAGGUUAGGAUUCUUUGAAACCAGAGGGAAGCAUUAUGUAGGAAUAUGGUAUAAUGUGACUACUGAACAAGAAAUUUCGUACGACCCAUCAUCUAAGGUAGUUUGGGUUGCCAACAGGAAUACUCCACUUUUUGACAAUUCAGGUAUUCUUACAAUUGGUAGUGACCGGAAUUUGGAAAUUCUAUGUAAUAGAGGAGAUGGAGAUCCUAUAGCAUUAACUUCAGUUGAAGCAUCAGGUUACACUAUUGCAACUUUGCUUGAUUCUGGGAAUCUCAUACUGUCUGAACUAUAUUCAAAUGGAUCUAUUAAAAGUUUGUUGUGGCAAAGUUUUGAUUAUCCCACACACACACUUCUUCCGGGUAUGAAAUUAGGAUUUAACUUGCACACUGCUCAUAAUUGGUCUCUAACAUCAUGGAUUGAUAAUUGGUCACCAGCCAUUGGCUCCUUCACCUUUGGAAUGGACCGAAAUGAAACGAACCAACUGAAAAUCUGGUGGGCAGGAGAUUUGUACUGGACUAGUGGGACUUGGGAAGAUGGACGCUUCAGCUUAUCACAUGAGUUAGCUUACCAGGAUCAAUAUCAUUUUCGCUAUGUUUCUAAUGAAAAUGAAAAGUAUUUUACUUAUUAUGCGAAUGAUGCUACAACAUCUUUUCCAAUGUUAUCAAUUAAUGAUUUUAUUCUAAGCUCAGGUUUUGCAAAUCCACUAAUUUCAUGCAGAAGUUCCUAUGACUAUAUGAAUACUGUUGGAUGUGUGGAUCAGAAGCAUCCAAUCUGUUGGAAGCAUGUUUCAGAUUUCGAGUACACAAGAGGUUUUGUGUUUGGAGAUGUAUUUAAGUUCAAUGAAAGUGAUAAUCUUAGUAUUAAUGAUUGUCUUGAAAAAUGCUUAAGAAAUUGUUCUUGUGUUGCCUAUGCACCUACAAAUGAAAUUGAUGGCACUGGCUGUGAGAUUUGGAGCAAAGUGACAGUUGAGACAUCGGUAUACAGAAAAUAUUGGCAGGCCAUUUAUGUCCGCAAAUCCAAAAAAAAGAAGUUGCCGUGGUGGUUAUUCAUUUUGGUAGGAGGAGCUUUGGUGAUGUCCCUGUUAUGGUCUUUAUGCCAUCUGAUAUGGAGAAAAUACAAGGGAUAUGUUCUGGUCCCAAUGGAUAUGGGAACUACAACUAUCCCCUCGACGUGGAAGCCUGUGCCCCUGUUGCAAAUGUGGCGAAAAUACAAGGAAAAGAAGGCUAACACUGAGCAAGAAAGAUUAUUACAUGAGCUGGGCAUUGAUAGAAAGCACAAUUCCUGUAGAAAUGACAAGAGCAUCCAUGAAUUGCAGUUUUUCAAUUUUCAAAGUGUUGCAUUAGCAUCUAACAACUUUGCCUCAACAAACAAGCUUGGGGAAGGUGGAUUUGGACCUGUUUAUAAGGGAAAAUUACUAGGUGGUCCAGAAGUAGCAAUAAAAAGACUUUCCACUAGCUCUCGGCAAGGUUUAGAAGAAUUCAAGAAUGAAGUAAAAGUAAUUGCCAAAUUGCAACACAACAAUCUUGUCAGGCUUGUUGGUUGCUGCAUUGAGAAAGAAGAACAGAUACUAAUCUAUGAGUACAUGCCUAACAAAAGCCUUGAUUUAUUGCUAUUUGAACCUAUGAAUCGGAAAGUACUAGACUGGAGAAAACGGUUCAGCAUCAUUGAAGGAAUUGCUCAAGGGCUGCUUUACCUUCACAAGUAUUCGCGACUGAAAAUAAUACACCGAGAUUUGAAGGCCAGUAAUAUUUUACUUGACAAGGAUAUGAAUCCAAAAAUAUCAGAUUUUGGCAUGGCAAAAGUAUUUGAUUCAGAGGAAUCUAAAGAAAAGACUAAAAGGGUUGUUGGAACAUAUGGCUAUAUAUCUCCUGAAUAUGCAAUAAAAGGCAUCUUUUCAACAAAGUCAGAUGUGUUCAGUUUUGGAGUCUUGUUGCUGGAAAUUGUUAGCAGCAGAAGGAAUAACAGUUUUCAUUGUUCUGAUGGCCCACUGUGUCUUAUAGUAUAUGCAUGGGAGUUAUGGCAACAAGGCAGAGUUUUGGAGCUGGUUGACCCGAUAAUCAGCGACAAAUAUCAGAAUGAGGUGCUGAGAUGCAUUAUUGUAGGCCUCUUAUGUGUACAAGAGAAUCCAAUGGAUCGACCCACCAUGUUAGAAGUUACGUCUAUGAUAUAUAAUGAAGCUAAUCAACUGCCUUCUCCAAACCAACCUGGGUUUUACAAUCGAAGGAAUUUGCAGGCUGCAGAGAUUGCAGAGCAGAAUCAGGAAUGUUUUUCAUUAAAUGGGGUAUCAAUCAGUGAAAUGGAAGCAAGGUGAAAAUGUAUUUCUGUAAUUGUAGACGAAAAAAUCCGCAGGCGAUUAAUCUUGUACUGAAUGAUAAAGAUGCAAUUACUCUACUUUUUACA